GAAAGAUUAGCGUUGGCGACCGAGACUCGACGACGAAUUUCAGUAGCCGGGCCUGCGAUGCAGCUGCGUAUAAAGGAGUGUUGAGGCAGCGCAGGAGUCUGAUCUCAACUUGCAUCGAGCUCUUCUUGCCAGAUCUAAGAUCAUCACAGUUGUUGCUCCUUAUACAUCCUUGACUGAGUUUAGACCCUGAGACGGGCUCUUGAGUCUCUCUGUACCCAUGCCUGCAGAUCCUGCCGUCAAGUCCAGCACGACUGUCCGACAGAGUCAGCGUCGGCCUGCUCGAAGAGAUUCGGGCGAUGUCUACGCAGAUAAUAGUACAUAUGCGCGCGAGAUCGAACUCAAGCGCAGCAGAGGCGAGAUUUCAUGCGCGGAGUGCCGCAGAUUAAAAAUCCGUUGCGACAAAUCCAUCCCAUGUCAGUCCUGCCAGCGGAGAGGCUGCGCAGCGUUGUGCCCCAAUGGGAGUCUUGCCACCGGGCAAGGAACUCGAUUCGUUUUGGCUGCUACGGAGCACCUCCAUAGGCGGAUAGCCAAGAUGAGCGAGCGGAUACGUGACCUUGAAGAUGCACUCGCAAUUGUCCAGGCGAAAUGCAGCGAAGAACCGCACCCUCUCUUGGGUUCCGGACGGAUUAUCAGUAAUGCAGGGAGCGAAGGUCCACCAAUUACUGACCAGUCAUCUUCUGGCUCACAAAGUGUCACUGACACAUUCGGCAUGCUGUCAAUAUCUGAUCAGGGCGUGUCAACGUUCUUCGGACCAACCGGAGGCACUGAGUAUCUGUUGAUUAAUGAGGUCGACUCCUCACAUCCAUCGCCGAGAAGCGACCUCGAUCUCACCGACUCUGUGCGAAGUUCCGAAAGCCCGCCGAUACUGGAGGGACCGGGUUCGCGGUUCUCCUCCGCAUUUCCUUUCACUCCCAUCGGGCAGCCGAGUGAGGUGUAUGACAUGAUACUCGAACAACACCUGCCACGCCGAGACAGAGCGUACGAACUUGCAAAUCUCUACCUCGAACGUUGCGGUUGGAUCUUUCGGGCCGUUCCCCAGCAACAAGUCAUAGACGAGAUGUUGCCGUACUUCUAUGGGAGCGGUGCAAGCGGAUCGAGUACAUCUCCGGUGGACUACGGAGCAGCGCACGAUCUCGCGCUUAUGCUCUUGAUCUUCGCGGUCGGCUCGCUGGUAGACUUCACGCUUGUGCUGAAUAAUGCAGAUGCGGAACACUAUCAUCAGCUUGCUGUGGCAGCGAUGGGCCUUCAGUCGGUAUGGGAUAAGCCGUCUUUGACGACCGUACAAGCUCUACAUCUGUACAGUAUCUACUAUGCAAUGACCGGUACCGAGAGCGGGCCUGGCGGUAGCGGCAUGGAGAUGUCAUGGGGAUUGCUCUCGCUAGCUACGCAGAUCUCACAAACUAUAGGUCUGCAUCGGGACAGUAGCAAAUGGAAUCUACCACCAGACCUCGUCAACAGGCGGCGUCUGAUCUUCUGGAAUAUUUUUGAAGCAGACUCCUGGCAGAGUCUGACAACCGGCCGACCACCAUCAUUCUCGCGUGUAUACAUUGACUGCCAGCUUCCUAGGAGCCAAAACGCCCCUGACGAGGAGCCGGAUGAAUCAGAUUUCCAAUCAUGGUUCGCACGAUUCUCGUACCAUUGCGUGGCGGAGGUCGCGAUAAGAACGCUGUCAGCCAUUCCACCGCAAUAUGAAACUAUCCUGGACUUGGACCGUCAAAUCCGUGAUUUUCCCGUCCCGCCGGAAGCCACAGCUAUAGUGGAGGGCUUGUCGCCUCCGCCUGACAGCGACCCGAUACCCAUGACGGCGUCAAUGCAAUACUUCGUGAUAUCACACUCUCGAGAAAUUUUGCUGUUGUACAUACAUCGCAGCUUUUUUGCCCAGACGUUAAUUGACUGCCCCACAAACCCAGCCAGAAGCACUUACGCACAGUCAUUUCUGUCUAUCUAUAGAGCUGCUCAUAGAGUCCUGAAGAGCAUCCGAGAACAGUUUGCUCUCUAUCCGGAGGUGUGCUCGCGUAUUUGGCCGGUGUGGACGUAUGGGUUCUUCGCUACUGUGGUGUUUGGCAUGAUUGCCAUUCGUAGUUCGAGAUCACCGAUUGCGUCGGAGGCUAUGACCGAGCUGAAUAUAGCGGCUGAGCUCUUCGGACAGGCGGCACGUUACAGUCGCCGCGCUGAUAGGGCAUUGACUUCCAUCCUUAAAUUGAGAGACAAGGCAGAAGCCGCUUUGGCUGCUGUUCACGGUCAUCCAUCGACGCCUUUGUCUCACGACGCUAGUCAGUGGGACGUCAAAUUCGAAAGUCCCGAAGACGACCAAGACGAUCUAGAAAUCUUCGCAGGGAAGACGAGGGGGCCGACCAUCUUGCCGUCCAGUCAGUCGCCUUCAAGACAGGCACAGAGCUCUCCGCACUCCCGUUCAGUGCACAUCUCACCGCCCAUACCGUCUUCGACGAGCCACCCGCAACCAUUUGCACCGCCACAACCACGACGUUCGACACCAUCCUACCCUGUGCCUGGCACUUCUACUCACAGCAGCUGGGUUUCACAGCAAGCGCCAGUCCAUGCAUACCACCCUCAUGCAUCAGAUCCGUGGUUUCGGCAAGUUGAUUACACCCAACCUCAGGCGCACGAGCACGGGUGGUCCGGCCCUCAGCGUCCUGGCCAUGUUGUGAUGACGCCGGAUCCGUCCGCGCAUUUGCAGCAUUCUGGAGUGGGCCCUGUCCCACCAUAUUCUGCACAUCCGCCGCCGCCGCCGCCGGUCACACAGGAGUUCCGUCAGCACGAACAGAUGUAUUCCCCCGCCGCUGCUGCCUUCCAGGGCGCUCAUCAAGCGCCAUUCGUCGUGACGCCCGCGCUCGCUGAGAUGGGGCUUUCUCGAGACUCGGCGCUCGAACCGCGUUGGACGUCGUUGAUGCAUGAAGCAGGUUUCCUUGAUGAAACGAGUUACGGUAACUGAUGCCACGGUAAUGUUCACGCUGCCAUCUGCAUGCAGCAACGUUCGUUAAAUAUUUGUCUCGGGUACGCAAUCGUUGCAAUGUGGGGUUUUAUCGGUUUGUUCGGAAUGAUUGAGUCUUAUGUCGUAGAAUAACAUAUGCAUAUGUCUGGCAUUGGAUUCUUUUGUCCGGCUGUGUGGCCAGUUUGCAG